GCAAGUGUUCAGGAAUUUCUUUGUUUUCCACUUUCAGUGGCAAUCUUCUCUAUGAGAUGAUCCAACACCAGACCAAAGUAUGGGGGGAAGGGGCCCCGCAGGCAGGUAAUUGCUGUUUUACACAAGGAAAAAUUGUAUUCCAUUUCAUCUUGAUAUCUUUCCACUGGAAGAUAGCAACUGAAAGAUUUUUAUUUUUUUUCCUGAGGGAACAGGUAUUUCCCUUUCACACUGAAAAAAAUCUCUGCUGGAGAGAGAGCCUUGAUAAAGUCAGCAUCACUGUUCUUGAUAAACCAUUCCUAUUUUCUCCAUUCUGGGGGCAAGAAACCACAUUUCUCUGUCGCAAGCUUACAGCUCUUCUAGGGAAGAAUGAAUCCUAUUACCUGGAUUUAGAAAGCUAAUAAGCAGCUUGCUUCCAAGGAUGAUCUUAUAGUCCCUUCAUGUGCAUGUAGAGAAACAAUAUGGCUAAAAAGAUGUACUGUAUUUUUUAGAAGAGGAUGACCCCAAUCCCACCCAAAAAAAAGUCUGCAUGUUUACUAAAGCCUUUUAUCAAGCUAUGUUCACUCCAAUAGCCAUCCAGACACUGUCCAGUAUCUUGGCUUUCCAUCAGCCAUUCCAAAUCUAGUAACCCAUCAUCAGUUAGAGAACGUGUUAGCUCAGAGGGAGAAGGAGACAGCUAAUAAGCUGUCCAGGGAGCCUGCAGUCUGCUGUCAGCCAGGAAUCUGACUUAAGAUAUCUCUUUUAAGGCAUUCAAUUGAUGCCAGAAGUCAAUGGAUUUAAGCUUUUGAGAAAGGUUUGCCUCUGUCAUUUAUAAAAUAAUAAAACCAACAGUGGUCUGGUGAAGUAGGGUUCCAAGAAGAGAGGCUAAGGGCACCUAAUCCUUCAAAAAAAAUAUUAAUGGGCAGGUAAAUAGCCAACUAUUAGCAGAGUCAGAAAAAACAAUUGAGAUGGUGAGUGACUAUUAUAGCAAUUUCAUGUAGAAGAAUACAGUGUUGCAGAUCCUGAAUUUAGAAGGUUUUGCACUAUUUCAUAGUAUAAGGCCAGUAAGGUAGAAAGAUUAAUUCAAACUUGCUUUGCUUCACUAUGCCCUGGUCUACACUAGGACUUUAGGUCAAAUUUAGCAGCAUUAAAUCGAUGUAAACCUGCACCCGUCCACACGAUGAAGCCCUUUAUUUCGACUUAAAGGGCUCUUAAAAUCGAUUUCCUUACUCCAGCCCUGACAAGUGGAUUAGCGCUUAAAUCGGCUUUGCUGGCUCGAAUUUGGGGUACUGUGGACACAAUUCGACGGUAUUGGCUUCCGGGAGCUAUCCCAGAGUGCUCCAUUGUGACCGCUCUGGACAGCACUCUCAACUCAGAUGCACUCUCAACUCAGAUGGCCAGGUAGACAGGAAAAGAACCGCGAACUUGUGAAUCUCAUUUCCUGUUUGGCCAGCGUGGCAAGCUGCAGGUGACCAUGCAGAGCUCAUCAGCAGAGGUGACCAUGAUGGAGUCCCAGAAUCGCAAAAGAGCUCCAGCAUGGACUGAACGGGAGGUACGGGAUCUGAUCGCUGUAUGGGGAAAGGAAUCCGUGCUAUCAGAACUCCGUUCCAGUUUUCGAAAUGCCAAAACCUUUCUGAAAAUCUCCCAGGGCAUGAAGGACAGAGGCCAUAACAGGGACCCGAAGCAGUGCCGCGUGAAACUGAAGGAGCUGAGGCAAGCCUACCAGAAAAUUAGAGAGGCGAACGGCCGCUCCGGGUCAGAGCCCCAAACAUGCUGCUUCUAUGAUGAGCUGCAUGCCAUUUUAGGGGGUUCAGCCACCACUACCCCAGCCGUGUUGUUUGACUCCUUCAACGGAGAUGGACGCGAUACGGAAGCAGGUUUUGGGGACGAAGAAGAUGAUGAUGAUGAUGAGGUUGUAGACAGCUCACAGCAAGCAAGCGGAGAAACCGGUUUUCCCGACAGCCAGGAACUGUUUCUCACUCUGGACCUGGAGCCAGUACCCCCCCGAAACCACCCAAGGCUGCCUCCUGGACCCAGCAGGCGGAGAAGGGACCUCCGCUGCAUGUGUUUCAAUGAUCACAGGAUCUUCUCCUUCCCCGAGGCUAGUGAAGCUUAGAAAGAAAAAAAAACGCACUCGAGAUGAAAUGUUCUCCGAGCUCAUGCUGUCCUCCCACACUGACAGAGCACAGAUGAAUGCAUAGAGGCAAAUAAUGUCAGAGUGCAGGAAAGCACAAAAUGACCGGGAGGAGAGGUGGCGGGCUGAAGACAGGGCUGAAGCUCAAAUGUGGUGGCAGCGUGAUGAGAGGAGGCAGGAUUCAAUGCUGAGGCUGCUGGAGGACCAAACCAGUAUGCUCCAGUGUAUGGUUGAGCUGCAGCAAAGGCAGCUGCAGCACAGACUGCCACUACAGCCCCUGUGUAACCAAUCGCCCUCCUACCCAAGUUCCAUAGCCUCCACACCCAGACGCCCAAGAACGCGGUGGGGGGGCCACCGGCCAACCAGCCACUCCGCCACAGAGGAUUGCCCCAAAAAAAGAAGGCUGGCAUUCAAUAAAUUUUAAAGUUGUAAACUUUUAAAGUGCUGUAUGGCAUUUUCCUUCCCUCCUCCACCACCCCUCCUGGGCUACCUUGGUAGUCAUCUCCCUAUUUGUGUGAUGAAUGAAUAAAGAAUGCAUGAAUGUGAAGCAACAAUGACUUUAUUGCCUCUGCAAGCGGU